GCUAAUCCCUGUUCUUCUCAACCACCUGCAGACAGUUUAGGUACUCUCUGAGGAGCUGUAGGAUACGCACACCACAUACAGCAACUGAAAAAUGGCAGCCGUGGACAAAGAUGUGGCCGAGAAGUUUCUGGACAGCAACCCUGACUUCGCCAAGCAGUACUAUGAUGCCAAGUUCCGCCCAAAGGUCAUCUCUGACCUUUUUAAAGACAACAAGACUUCCCAGGUGAACAUCAGCAGCUUCCAUGAGCUGAGCAUGGUGGAAGAGAGUGAGAUCAUAUUUGACAUGGUCAGAGACCUGCAGGACAACCUCCAGAUGGAGAAGGCCAUCUUUAAUUUCAUGAAACAUCUCAGCUUCAUGAUUCGGUCAGACAAGAUGAGCCUGUUCAUGUACCGGAUGCGUAACGGCACGGCCGAGCUGGCCACGAGACUCUUCAACGUGCACAAGGACGCCACCUUGGAGGAGUGCCUGGUCCAGCCGGACAGUGAGAUAGUCUUUCCCAUGGACAUUGGCAUCGUGGGCCAUGUAGCCACCACCAAGAAGACUGUCAACAUUCCAGAUGUCUCACAGGUAAACAUAUAAAGCUGUAGAUCAAUUGUGGAGAAACCUUGCAAUUAAAUGUUCAAAUUCCCAAUACAGGUAAGAACCUAAUCACCACUUUACAGUUGACCUGCCAGUUUGUGUUAUCUUAUACAAUUGGACAUGUUUAUUUCUAUGAAAUGUAGCAAAUAUGAAGUAUUCCAUUCCCCUGAAGAGAUGAGAGCACCAGUACUGACAGAUUCAGAGGCCUACUUGCCUACUGCCUCUAGAUGGCAGCAUAAGGCCAUCAUAUUUGUAAUACUAACUCCCUCAAAGCCAGGUCAAUCUUAUUAGAGCCAAUACAUUUUACAUUUGAAAAUGAUUACCAAGCUUAUUUUCAUACUUUACAUGUUUGUCACGCUACUGCUUAUCCUCAGUGGAUGGCCAUCAUUGUCCAUACCUUUAUUAAAAUGAUUUAUGUGACCUAAAACUAAUAAGAUGAUGCUGUUUUCAUAUUAAACCAUGCACUGCCUUUGAUUACAGAUUCUUAAUAUCCACAUCUAGAAUCUUGUUAUUCAUUUGACCAAAUAGCGCAAACACUCACAGAUAAUAUAUCCUUUAUCAAAAUAAUAACAAAGUAAUACAGCCAAAGUAUCAUCAUGAUUAGACAUUUUUUCCUAUAAUAGACCUGCUCAAAUGUAGCAUUGUUUGUGAAAUAGAGACAUAUGAUGACUCAACUGAUAUCAAGGAUUACAGUGUCCAACCACUGAGAGAGACUGCUCAGUUCACUCUGGUGUAGUUGGCAGAAUUAUUUAUGGUAAUUAGGGAGAGGAUGGAUCGAGCUCUGGGUCUUCCCUUUCCCUAGUGAAAGGCAGAGCCACCAUUACUGCGAUAUGUAAGUAUGGUGUGGGAUUGCCACGACAAGGCAGUCCCCUCCCCCGCCAGUCAGAUGUGCAGGGAGGCAUGGCUGCUGGGUGUUACAGGGCCUGCAGGGGAUAAAGCCGUUUAAUCUCAGCUGAAUUAGAGCGAUGCUGGAUUAUUUCUAAAGGUCAUAGCCCAAAGCCAUUUUCCCCAAGUCAGCGGAAUAGCAAGAGCUCACCUUAAUUCUAUUGAAUGUCACCUGUAAUGUCCUUUCUCCUUUAAUCCAGAUGUUUUUAAUCAUGAUACAUAUUCUCCAGUCAAGAAUAGCCCACAAUGACACUGAGAGAACAAACCAUUCUUAUCGUUAGAUGAUAUGAUAGUGAAUUAAUUUAUACUUGGAUUAAUAUGAGUCUCCACAAAAGCUUUAAUGUUUUUAACAAUGCAAAUGUUCCCCUCCCUUGGUAGUGUUAUCGAAGUUAGUUUUUACAUAAUCAAAUAAUAAUGUGACUUUUCUUUUUUACUUUGCGUCUAGGGAUUCACUGUGACAUGCAAGUUAGAUGAUCUCAAUAAUGGAUUUAUGGUCAAAAGUAACAAUUAAAUGUAACAGGAUGCAGCACAUUGACAGAUGUUUGUUUAUUAAAAACCUUUCUCUGGAUUACCCCUCAGAGCAGCCACUACAGUGACUUUGUGGACCAGAUCCAAGAAUACCAGACCAAAAGUGUCCUGGCUACCCCCAUCAUGAACGGCAAGGAUAUGGUGGCUGUUAUGAUGGCUGUGAACAAGAUUGGAGCUCCACACUUCACUAAGCAGGAUGAAGAGGUAACCUCUCUAACCCUACCCACUCCCCUCAGCAGGGGCGGACUGGGACCAAAAAUCGGCCAUGGUAUUUCUAACACACCAGCCCAUUCUUUUCCUUGAGGCCCCCACACCAGCCCACUUUUUUCCUCGAGGCCCCCACACUUGAUGUUUUCUUCCCCUUGCAGCCCACAUUAUUAGCCAGAUAAUGAUAACUUUGUGCAAACAACCCAAGUUAGACAGGCCCACUGGGCGAAAAAUGGACCAGCCCAUCUCCCCUGCCCCUCAGCCUCCUUAUAUUUACAGAUUAGGCUCAGAAAUACAUCACUGCUAAAGUAAGACUGAAUGUAGAUGUUUUUGCACUUUACAGACUCUGUUGAAGUAUCUCAACUUUGCGAACUUGAUCCUCAGAGUGUUCCAUCUGAGCUACCUUCACAAUUGUGAGACCAGAAGGGGACAGGUAAGACCUCUCCAGAUUAUAUUGAUGAUGAGGCCUGCUUAUAUUUCAUUAUUAUUAAAUGAUGUACUUUUCCUGCUUGACUCCAUAACUACACCUCCUCCCAUCCUAUAGGUCCUGCUCUGGUCUGCCAGUAAAGUGUUUGAGGAGAUGACAGAUAUUGAGAGACAGUUCCACAAGGCCCUCUAUACCAUCAGGAAUUUCCUCAACUGUGAACGCUACUCUGUUGGCCUCCUGGACAUGACCAAGACUAAGGUGAGGUUGGACAGGAAUUUCAAUCUACUAAAAGCAUCAGCAUGCCAAUGUUCAGGAACCACCAUUAUCUUGUCAUGUUAAUUUGACCUUCUAUUAUGUUUACUUCAACAUGUUGAAUUGAUGUGGGUUAAUAUGUUCCCCUUGUAUUUGAGUGUGAUUCAAUUAAAUUACCCUGUGUGUUGCAGGAAUUCUUUGACCUUUGGCCUGUACUGAUGGGAGAGGUGCCUCAAUACGAUGGACCCAAGACUCCUGAUGGCAGAGUGAGUGACUAGUGACUAAACAUUACAGUAGGCAAAUUACCUGUACAGAUCUGAGUCCAUACACUGCUGUGUCCAAUUAUGUAUUCAUACAUCAACUCAAACAUGAAUAGGGUAGUAUACUUAAUUUAAUACAUUAUCAGUAUUCAAUCUGAUUCUAAUUACAUGUAACUCAUUUAUCUCCAGGAAAUAAACUUCUACAAAGUGAUUGACUACAUUUUACAUGGAAAAGAGGAGAUCAAAGUUAUACCGUGAGUCAUUUCAUCAAUGAUGUGGAAAAUUGAAUUAUAUACCAGUACAUUAUCUUAGAAUAUUUAUGUGCAGCUUUUACACCCUUAUUAUACAGUUACAUUUGGGUGCAUGUAUUACUGAAUUUUAUUUGGUACUUUUUGAAAUUACACAUCUAUAAACUUCUUUCCUUGGAACUUGGAAGAAAUAGUAUCAUAUUAUAAUCUCCUUCUCCCCCCUGUCCUUGUCAGGAACCCUGCUCCGGAUCACUGGGCUCUGGCCAGUGGCCUGCCCACCUACGUGGCUAAGGAGGGACUGGUGAGCUGAGAAGUCCCUUACUUACUGAAGAAUGAAUGCAUCCAAUAUAUAGUGCACUACUUAUGACCAGGGCCCAUAGGGACUGUAGGUGUCACGAUCGUCGAUAGAAGUGGACCAAUGCGCAGUGUGAUAAGUGAACAUACUUUUAUUAGAUUCACCACACGAACAAAACAACAAAACGAUAACGUGAAGUCCUUGGUUACAAUACAAAACCAACACGGAACAUGAUCCCACAAAACACUGUGGAAAACAGGCUGCCUAAGUAUGGUUCCCAAUCAGAGACAACAAGCAACAGCUGAUACUCGUUGCCUCUGAUUGAGAACCACCCCGGCCAACACAGAAACACAUGAGCUAGAUAAUCAACCUAGAACCCAAAACACAUAGAAACAACACACCCUGGCUCAACAUAACAGAGUCCCAGAGCCAGGGCGUGACAGUAGGGUGCCAUUCAGGAUGCAGCCCAUGUCUUCUCUUCCCUGUACGUGGUAUCCAUGGGCACCAGACAACCAGAAAGCCAUUAGAGUUAAUUACGCAGCUGUCAAACGCACACAGCCUGGGAAUGAAAUGUACUCUUGCACUGAAAUGAUGGAUAAUUGCAAUUUCGUGGACAUUGUAAUUAAUCGUGCAGCGCUUUUCCAUCUGAGUGACCAUGAUCAUCCUCUCCUCUCUUCCCUAUUUCCUCUUCUCCCCUCCAGAUCUGUAACAUUAUGAACGCAGCCCAAGAUGACUUCUUCAGCUUCCAAGUAAGAUCAGUUAUCUGUAUGAUUAGCUCAGUGCUGUUGAAUGCACACAUUUUUGUUGUUGUUGUUUUUGUUUUUUUGUAACUAUUUUUAUUGGUAUUGUUUCACAGUUACAGUGUAAACAAUGAUUGAAAUUCAGUAUAUUGCACAUGUGAUUUUAUACAUUCAAAUAUACCAUGGGAAAAUACUUUUUGAAGGAUGUUGGAAUGUAUAUGCCCAUACAAAAAUAUUAAAGACUUAAGUAACACUUUCCUAACAAAACACAUAAUAAACAACAACAACAAACCAAAACACGGCUAGUCUUCAAAAUGAAUAGAACAAUUAUAAUAACAAGUCAGUCUAAUAUUAAACCCUAACAAAGGUAGAUACAUUAAAUACAAACCUAGGGUAGGCAGUUUACUGUGGAGUAGAUGGAAAUUGCAGGUCUCUACAUAGAUAAAGAAAGGCUGCCACAUUCGGUAGAAUUUGUCAGAAGAACCCCGUAGGGUAUAUUUUAUCUUCUCCAAUUUGCUCAAGUGUUAGACAUCUUUAAUCCACACAAAAUGAGAAGGAGGAGAGGGUGAUUUCUACCGAAGUAAAAUAAACCUUCUUGCCAACAAAUAAUUAUGUCAUGGCAGUAGGAGAAAAAGGUACCUGUAAUACUUUAGAUGUGGUAUCAAAUAUGACAGACCAAUAGUUAUGUAGUGAAGGGCAAGACAAAAACAUAUGUAUCAAUGAAGCAGUAGCUUGCCGACACCUGUCGCAAACAGGGUCGACAUCAGGAUAGAUCUUAAAGAGUCUGAGUUUGAAUGCACAAAUUAAAACAAAUCUAAUCUCUGCUACUGAAGGGGCUAUAGUCCUGUGGCCAAGUGGAGUAUCAUUGUAGUAGAUAGGCCUAGACACAAUUGAAAUAGAUUGAUCCUGAUAUUUCCAACACUUGGCAAUGACUUACCCAUACAAAGUACUGUAAAUAUUAGUUCCAAGUGCAUUGCUGUGGACUAACACAUUCAAAGUCAAGUAUGUCAAGUUCAAGUAAUCAAAUAUUGUGUUUGUACUGCUAUGAACCCAAUGCAAAGCCAUUGACGUCAGGUGGUUCCUGUUUCCUUGUCCUGUUCAGAAAGGGCCCGUAGAUAAAUCUGGCUGGACCAUUAAGAACGUGCUGUCCCUCCCCAUCGUGAAUAAGAAGGAAGAAAUAGUUGCAGUGGCCACCUUCUACAACAGGAAAGAUGGGAAACCCUUUGACGAGCAGGAUGAAACUCUAAUGGAGGUAUGCUACUCUCGAGUGUUACUGAGGGGGAAGUAGAGCGAGGAGACUGAGUCACCGCUGUAUAAAUAAACACAGGCCAUUGACAGUAUCUGCAUUAUUUAUUUGUUAGAGUCAAGCCUCUUUCUGGAUGAGGGCUACUCUACUCUCAUCUACUCUCCUCUACUCUUAUCCACUCUUACAUUAGGGAUAGUGCCAGUUAACACAUAAUAUAACUUUAUAGAGCCUUUUGAAAUAUUAAUCAAUAACAUUGUCAGUUACAGUAAUCCAUUAAAAAAUAUAGCUUCCCAAUCAUUAUUGUACCGCAUCCCCCUCUCAAUCCCAUUUGAUAGUGUCUGUGUAUACUGAUUAUGUAAACCAAGGUCUGAAAUACAAUAGUCUAACUCUAUCGCUGGCCAUUGCAGUCUCUUACCCAGUUCCUUGGCUGGUCUGUGCUCAACACUGACACCUAUGACAAGUGGAACAAGCUGGAGAACAGGAAAGACAUCUUCCAGGACAUGGUGCUGUACCACAUCAAGUGCAGGACGGAUGAGACCCAGAAUGUCUUGGUGGGUAAUGUAACGUUAUUCACACACAGGUGGUGAAAAACACAUUUAUAACAUGGAAAAUAGCCUGUCAUACUAGAUACGGGGUAAUCAAUCAAUGGUGGAAUGUUAGUUACCGUCUGUGAGAUUUAGACAGAGAGCUUUUUACAGAAAAAUAACCAAGGUUUUCAGGGAAUCCAGAAAUGGAUUGAUAUAGCGUUACGUCAUCCUAGGUGAACACUGAUGGUGUGAUUUGCUUUUAGAAUACCAGAGAGAGGUAUGGAAAGGAGCCACAUGAGUGUGAAGAGGCUGACCUGGAAGCAAUCCUGGUAAACAACUAUUCCAAAUUCCAUUUAUUUUCUAUUUGCCUCUUGUAUCAGCUGGCUGGCUGACUGGCUGGCUAGCUGCCUUGGUAGUCUACAUAAUGCACUUUGUUUCCCUGUUUCCGUACAGUCUGAAGUUCUACCGCCCUCUACCAAGUCAGAGAUCUUUGAGUUUCACUUCUGUGACUUUGAGCACAGUCAUUUAGACCUGGUCAAGUUAGGCAUUAAGAUGUACUACGAGUUGGGUGUGGUGGACAAGUUCCAGGUCCCCCGCGAGGUGAGACAUCUCUGAUGAACAAGCAUCUUUGCAAGUCUCUUGGUCCUACUGUUACCAAGUCAUGUUUUCCAUUAUAGAUGCGUAGUUCUGCUCAAUAGUGUGUAACAAAGCAACACUAUACAAUUCAGUCUUAACAAUUGUAUGAGUAACAUUUAAUAACUAAAUCAUGACAGUUUAUGUUGGUUAUAGGUAAUGAUCUGAUAUGAUCCUGAUGUGGAAGAUGUUAGCUACUGUGGUUACACUGGCGUUAUGAUAUGUGUUUCUGCUAUAACUAGCUGAUCCAUAACUAUCCCUAUGUAUGUUCCUCUCAGACUCUCACCAGGUUCUGUUACUCCCUGAGUAAGGGCUACAGGCAGAUCACCUACCACAACUGGAGUCAUGGCUUCAACGUGGGCCAGACCAUGUUCACUCUGCUCAUGGUGAGUACCUCCUCUCAUCUACAGCUAACCAGCCUUCUAUUACAAAAAGGGUAUGUCCCAAAUGGCACCCUAUUCCCUUGUGUCCCAAAUGGCACCCUAUUUCCUAUAUAGUAUACUACUUGUACUACACUCUAUAGGGAAUAGGGUGCCCUUUGUGAUGUAUUAGGCCUUACAUUACACAAACCCUCAGGGAUAAAAACAUAACCUACAUUACCAUACACUUACACCAUGGAUGAUGAUACCAUGACAGUUGAUACAUAUAAUACAUAUUCUAGAUGUGGUGGCCAGGUGUAAGGGUUUAUCUUUACUGCGUUGUGAUCCUCCUUACACUGAUACCCUCCUCCCAUGUAUUGUAAUGAGUCAUCCAAGCGUGACCCUUCCUCUCGCUGCAUUGUUCCUAUAAUGUCUAAUCACAGUGAACUCCUUAGACAUUCAUAACUCGCAGAGGAAGGAGGAGCAGGGAGGAGCAUCAGGCUCAUUAUCAGCAGCCCUGCGUGGCUGUGUGGCUGUGUAGCUCGGUGGGUCCAUGCUUCAUUGGUUCUAAUGAGGCCUACAGAGCCAGGCAUCUCCAUAGGAGCAGGCUGGGAGCGGCGUGGGGGUGGAGGGGGUGUCACUGCAAGGACAUUAAUAAGAGGCCCAGGUGUGACUCCGUACGGCCCCUGGGGGAAGCUCCAUGAAUCCUGGCCCUAACCUAAUUUCUUGUAUCAUUAGACAUGUGACCUAACCUAACUUUCUGUAUCAUUGCAUUAGACAGGUGAUCUGAAGCGUUACUACACAGACCUAGAGACCAUGGCCAUGGUAACAGCCGGCUUAUGCCACGAUAUCGACCACAGAGGCACAAACAACCUCUACCAGAUGAAGUAAGGGAAUGACUGGGUUCAAAUAGUGUUUGUUGUCUUUCAAAUACUUUGAGUGUUUGAUUUGAGCCUGUCUAGAGUACCAAAGUAAGCUGGAGUAAGCUCAAUCAAGCUUACUCAGGUCUGCUGCCAACAGUGAUACCUGGAAAGGUGUAAGGACAGCAACUGAGAAAGCAAUGACUCGUUACUUACCAAUGGCUAAUCUAUCUUUGCAAUCAAUCUCAAUCUUCCUCUCCCUCCUCCUGUGUUUGUCAGGUCUGGAAACCCUCUCGCCAAGCUCCACGGCUCCUCCAUCUUGGAGAGACACCAUCUGGAGACUGGGAAGACCCUGCUGAGAGAUCCUGUGAGUGAGGUUGCCUCCCAAAUGGCACCCUAUCCGUACAUAGUGCACUAGUUUUGACCAGAGCCCAUAGGGCUCCAUUCAAAAGUAGUGUGCUAUUUAGUGAAUAGGAUGCUAUUUGGGGUGUAGCCUGAGCCUCUCUAGGUUCUGAGAGGGGUUGGUUUCUCUCUUGGAGAAGCCAGACUGUGAAUGAUGCAGUUCUGAUGGCACAGAAUGUGCCAGGGAGAAUCUGCCCACCAGCCAUCAGAUAAUUAGGCAACUUUCAGUGUUCACAUUAUCACCGACCAUGAACUGUGGCAGGCAGCGGCUUCACAUUUCCCUCUGGGAAUUGGGAUAUUUUUUAGAGUGAAUUAUCCUAGGACUUUGUUUGUUAUUCCUUAUUCAUACAUUUGAUAUAUUAUACAUAUGUGUUGGUAUUCCCAGAUUCAACAGUACAUGUUAAUACUUAUGCUAUCACAUUCAAACUUAUCUUGAUAUCUGUUUCAGGCCUUAAAUAUUUAUCAGAAUCUAAGUCGUGCUCAGCAUGAGCAUGUCAUACAUCUGAUGGACAUCGCCAUCAUCGCCACCGACCUCGCUCUCUACUUCAAGUGAGCAGCUACUGCUGUAUAUCUAAGAUAUUUAAAAAAUGCAUGGCCCCAUAAUACAUACAGUACAUACCUGAGAGCAUAGAGAUUGCCGAUGCAUCCCAAAUGGCACCCUAUUCCCCUACAUAGUGCACUUGUGUUGACCAGAACCCUAUCGGCCCUGGUCAAAGUAGUGCACUAUAUAGGGAAUAGGGUGCCAUUUGGGAGGCAUCCUGAGUCAUGGUAACUGAGGAUGAUUUUCUCCUGUCUGUAGGAAAAGAACCAUGUUCCAAAAGAUAGUGGACCAAUCGAAGACCUACGAGAGCUGGGAUGAUUGGACCAAGUACAUGUCACAGGAGACCACUCGCAAGGAGAUAGUCAUGUAGGUGAAUUCCCUAGCUGAGUAGUAGGCCUAGGCAUAUGAGGGUAGUAGUGCUCUAUGGAGGAAACUAUGGAUGUCUUUGUAUUAUUUCACUUUUAAAACAAAACAGGGCAGAAACUAAGACUAAACAGAGCAGUAACUAAGACUAAACAGGGCAGAAACUAAGACAAAACAGGGCAGAAACUAAGAUUAAACAGGGCAGAAACUAAGACAAAACAGGGCAGAAACUAAGACUAAACAGGGCAGAAACUAAGACUAAACAGGGCAGAAAUUAAGACUAAACAGGGCAGAAACUAAGACUAAACAGGGCAGAAACUAAGACUAAACAGAGCAGAAACUAAGACUAAACAGGGCAGAAACUAGGACAAAACAGAGCAGAAACUAAGACAAAACAGGGCAGAAACUAAGACAAAACAGGGCAGAAACUAACACAAAACUAAGACAGGACAGAAACCAAGACAAAGAUAAACUAUGGAUGUCUUUGCCUACAGGUCCAAGACCAUACUAGACUUUAAAACACAAUCCGUCAUCAAUGAUGGUUUCACUAAGGUGUGGAGAAAAGAAUUGUACUUCUGUCACAACUGCUUUUCCUACAGACCUUCGAACUGUAAUCCUACUCACACUAUAUCUGUCCUCUACAUGCACAGGGCUAUGAUGAUGACAGCCUGUGAUCUGUCUGCUAUCGCCAAACCAUGGGAGAUCCAGAGCAAGGUAACGCCUCAUGUCCACCAGAUGCAUCAAACUCUUUGCGUUCCGGCGGAAGUCAUUCAUUGUCAAUGGAGUAGUCUCCAACGCUGAGUUGGGGGUGCCACACUAGGCUACGGUGCGCUCUGUGUACGGCAUGCGUUCAAUAUUUUCCACUCGUGUGUUGCUUUACCUUGCGGUGGUACAAACGGAAGUACACACACAGACUCCAAUUAGCUAGCUUUUAGCUGGUUGAAAAGGGAAGCACAUGUGCGUCAAGUACGGAAAACGCGGAUUUGAGUCCCUGGCGGCGUAGUGUGUUACUGAUGGUAGGCUUUGUUACUUUGGUCCCAGCUCUCUGCAGGUCAUUCACUAGGUCCCCCCGUGUGGUUCUGGGAUUUUUGCUCACCGUUCUUGUGAUCAUUUUGACCCCACGGGGUGAGAUCUUGCAUGGAGCCCCAGAUCGAGGGAGAUUAUCAGUGGUCUUGUAUGUCUUCCAUUUCCUAAUAAUUGCUCCCACAGUUGAUUUCUUCAAACCAAGCUGCAUACCUAUUGCAGAUUCAGUCUUCCCAGCCUGGUGCAGGUCUACAAUUUUGUUUCUGGUGUCCUUUGACAGCUCUUUGGUCUUGGCCAUAGUGGAGUUUGGAGUGUGACUGUUUGAGGUUGUGGACAGGUGUCUUUUAUACUGAUAACAAGUUCAAACAGGUGCCAUUAAUACAGGUAACGAGUGGAGGACAGAGGAGCCUCUUAAAGAAGAAGUUACAGGUCUGUGAGAGCCAGAAAUCUUGCUUGUUUGUAGGUGACCAAAUACUUAUUUUCCACCAUAAUUUGCAAAUAAAUUCAUAUAAAAUCCUACAAUGUGAUUUUCUGGAAUUUCUUUUCUCAAUUUGUCUGUCAUAGUUGACGUGUACCUAUGAUGAAAAUUACAGGCCUCUCUCAUCUUUUUAAGUGGGAGAACUUGCACAAUUGGUGGCUGACUAAAUACUUUUUUUCCCCACUGUAUGCAUCUGGUGGACAUCGGGCAUUAACACAGAUGUUUGAAGAAUGAAGUCCUGCUGCUAUUCUCAUAUUACACAGCACAAUAACUGCAGCAUUAUACUGUUGCUCUCAGCAGAGGAUGUGAGAGGAAUAUGGAAUAUCACAGUGUUCUUCAAUUCCGGUCCUGGAGGGCCGAAACACCUCUGUUUUUCAUCCUCUCCUUCUAAUCAGGGGCUAAUUCAGACCUGGGACACCAGGUGAGUGCAAUUAACUACCAGGUAGAAAUAAAAAACAGAGUGUUUCGGCCCUCCAGGACCGGAAUUGAAGAACCCUGGAAUAUCAUUUCUGUAAUGGCGUUUUGCUCGUGAGGUCUGGAUUGUAUCAGGAGCAGGCCUUUCCUACUACAGUAUCUAUAAAAUCUUAAUAGAAUAUUUCCAUACUAAGCAAGAGUGCACAAACCAAUGUACUCUUGUUGCUAUGGACAUCAUAAUAGUUUCAUAAUGUUGAUCAGUGUUGUGUGUGACCGUUCCUGUGUGGGCCUGCAGGUGGCGCUGUCUGUGGCUGCAGAGUUCUGGGAGCAGGGUGACCUGGAGAGGACUGUGCUGGAGCAGCAGCCUAUUGUAAGAACUGCAUGGAGGGAGGGAGAGAGAGAGAGAUAGAGGGAGAGGGAGAGAGAUAAUUCCCAUUGGGCAUGUGGUGAUGUAUUGCCGAUUAUGAACUGCACUGAAUCAGAAAGAGCGGUCAUCACGGCCUAGUCAACUGGACCAUAUCCUGACUCACACCAUUUUACCCAGCCAGCUCCCUAGGAGUUUAAUAGCAUUUGUGUCAGAAUGGGAAACUUUAGUUUAGGUUUAUUUGAUUGCUUAAACUGGAGUAAGUAGAGCCCAGUUGUUGGCUGUUUGUUUCAGUACAUUUGCACUACUAAUCCCCUGAUUCAUUUCUUUCCCCCCAGCCAAUGAUGGACAGGACUAAAUCAGCUGAUCUUCCCAAGAUGCAGUGUGGUUUCAUCGAUUUUGUGUGUGCUUUUGUGUACAAGGUGAAUCCCUGCGUCUCUAUCAUAAAUCAAUAACUACUAGAUGGCACUGAAGACCAAUCAAAAUAGAUCUAACUAAGAUUUUGAACUGAAUGUUUUCCCUCCCUCCUCAUCUACCGCCCUCUUGUCUCACACCUCCCCUUCUUCCCCUUUUCUCCCCCCUCCCACCUUCCACCUCCUCCCCAUCUCCUCUAGGAGUUCUCCCGUUUCCAUGUGGAGAUCACUCCCAUGCUGGACCGCCUGCUGAACAACAGAAAGGAGUGGAAUGCUAUGAAGGAGGUGCACGAAGCCAAGCUGGCCGCUCUGGAGGCGGCCAAAGUGGACAAAGAGGAGGUAGCUGUUGCCGCCACCGCAGCCAUACAGGGUAAGACACACACACAGCACCAAGAGACACACAGACAGACACAGGAAAGACCAGGGAUUAAGACUGUUGAUAUUAAUUACACAGUGGAAUUUAUAACUUUGGUGAAGAACCUCAUUCAUAGUAACGACCAUAUCAUUAAGAGGCGCUCCAAACGUCCUCUUCAGACAUGGAGGAAACUACUAAGAGCAUCUAUUUUUUGGGGGGAAUCCAAACAUUGCAGACGAUCUCUCAAAAACGUGGACUAUCUCUAUUUGAAACAAUGUAUAGCUUAUGCUCUGGGGCUAAUUAAACUUUAUAAAUGUGAGGUAAGGGCCCAUAUUCAUAAAGCUUCUCAGAGUAGAAGUGGUGAUCUAGGAUCCGUUUUCCCUUUUAGAUUAUAAUGAAUACAAGUAUAUGGACAGGGAGGAUCUUAGAUCAGCACUUCUACUCUGUGACACUUUGUGAAUACGGACCUUGUACUCUAACCCUGUGUUGUUCCAUCUCUCACACAGCGAGUGCAGCCGAAGCAGCCCCCCAGUCAAAGACCUGUGUUGUCAACUAGACUAGAGAGAUCCCAGUCCUGGACCAAAGUGACUGUUCUUCUCAGCACCAAGACAGGAACUUUCUGUCCCUGUACCCGAUAUCGGUUUACUAGAGCUGGUUAGCAUUAGCCUAGCAUAGCUUUACAGUAUACUGCACUGUGCUGUACACUGACUUAUAUAUGGAAGGAAUUGUAUCAGGCUACAGGAUCCACAGGAUGGAGCAGGGUGUGGACAAUGUCAAACACAGCCUAUUCUUGUACAAUGAAUGUGAAUACUUAGGUAUUUUAGUGGAAUUUACAAUGUACUGAUUGUACUCGUUGAUUAGGCAAUAUGAAAUUGACUUAGAAAUAUGGAAUUCAGCUAGAGAAAAAGUGGUUGGGUAUCAUUUCCAACAGCUAAACAUAUAUGUAGUAACCCAUCUUUGAUUUCAACAGUGUAUCCCUGUAUUUCAUUGAUUCUAUGCUACCCUAUCCUAUGGUUAUUAAUAAUGUACAUAAACCUGUAUUCAACUCUCUGCACUGGUCCCUCACUGCAGAAUUAAGUCUAGAGCAUUAGCAUCCACCCCCAGGAUAUAGUGUGCGUUACAGUGUGUGUGUGUGUGUGUGUGUGUGUGUGUGUGUGUGUGUGUGUGUUAACUGUCCCACUGGGGCCAUACAUAACAAUCUUACAAAACACAGAACGAUGCCCGGGAGGGUGGCAACCUAAUUGAGCACAGAGAAUGAGAACUGAUUGGAAGAGGGGAUCAGAAGGCGGGUUUUCCUUUCCUGUAGCGAAGAGCCGUGCGUCACCAAUAUACAACACUGCUACACACGCAGAAGUGAGCACACGUAAGCACUGUGCUAAGCACUGCAUUGUAGUGUCGUCACUCGUGAUGGUGACGCUGCUGCCUCUCUCUCUGUGUUUCACCAAUAGGGGAGAGCUGCAGUCAGGGUUGCCCGUAUAGGGCUGUGAUGCGCUGUGAUGCUCAGUGAGGCUCGUAGUGUCUCGUCCUGACACUAGGGCAGCGUAGCCGUGUAGAGGCUGAGGCUGCAGAGAAAUGA